UUUCCAUCGUAUUUCGUUAUAUAACAAGUUGGCAGCACUGACAGUAGCGCAUGUCGUAAUAAAUAACAAAAUAAUUAAUUAAAACAAUAAAACUAUGGCACAAAGUAGGCUAGAAAAGAUUGGUACCAUCUUCACCAGAAUUCAGGGCCUUCUAAGAGGCGGCGCCAUGAAAACGGAGGAUAAGCCUAUUUGGUAUGACGUCUAUGCCGCCUUUCCCCCCAAGCUGGAGCCACGCUUCGACAGACCGGCGCCAAAUAUGCCAGUUCGAAAUAUAUUCUAUGCCGAGGAUGUGGUGCGAGCGAAACUGCACAAGCUGAACAAACCGAAUGAGACAAUAUCAUUGUUUGAUCAAAAACGUGGCACCCAAUCCCAGCAGUUUGUACAGAUCUAUGAGAAUCUGAGAUCUCAAGGCGCACUAGACGAACAGCGUAUUUACGACACCGCUCUGGACUUGCUGGCCGAGCAACGACAACUGUCGCGUCCGGAUCUUCCAGAGGAAUCACUAGAGGCAUCGGGCAGUGAUCAGUUGGAUAUUGGCAAGAGUACUCUGCUCAGUGAUUUUCAGGAUGCGGGAGAGCAGCAAAAACAAAAACAGCAAUCGACUCCAGACUCAGGCAAAGCGAAAAAGGAAACCAGUGGGGGCAUCAACAUAGAUAGUUUGUUCAAGGAUUAGUCUUUGAUUUGAAUUGUGAACUUAAUAUACAUUAUUAUUGUU